AUGGACCGCCAACCACCCACACAGGCCCAGCACGCCGUGCGAUCUUCAUCCGACGCCACUGCAAGCACCUCCAGGACACGUUUCAGUCACAUCUACGCCCUGCAGGUCCAAGGCUUCAUUGAGGCCGCUGAGGUGGUAGACGUACACACAGACAUUGUGGAAGACCUUCUGGAGGAUCUUGCCCGUGCUACUUCGCUCGAGAGCGGCAAUGACGAGGAAGAGGUCGAUGUCGAUGUGGAAUCCACCACCAUGAACUUAGAUCAUGAAGUUGAAACAGUGGAAUGGGGUAUGUUACUCAAAGAAGCCUUAGCUCUUCGAGGCGGUGCUAUUGUCGAUCAGCUUCCAUCUAGAUCUUGUACUGAGAAGUCUCUGUUCUGUGUGUGCAUAGCGAAACAAGCUUGGACAAGGGAAGAAGUCAAACAGAUGAUGACCACACUCAAGGAGCACGGAAUGACGGCUUUCAUCAUGAAGUACUAUGUUGACCGCCAUAUACUCGUUCCUAAGCUGCUAUAUGCAUUUGGCAUCUGCCUCUGCCCCGAACUAAGGGAGAAGCCACAAGCCACGCAAUUAUACUUCCUCAAAGUCGCAUUGCAACGGGAGCUAGAAUGCCGAGAAAAGCUGACCCAGUACAAGACAAUCGAGGAUGCCGUUCUUCUCAUACAGCAGCGCCAGCGCAUUCUCAUACUCACAGGAGCCGGAAUCAGUGUUUCAUGCGGGAUCCCGGACUUCCGUUCCCGUAACGGUCUUUACGCUUCGCUGCAGGAAAGCGGAGAGUACGAUCUCGAUGAUCCUCAACAAAUGUUUGACAUUAACUACUUUCGCGAAAAGCCCACAGGUUUCCGUUGCUACUACUUCAUUGACUCACGAAACUUCAGUAAAAUAUAUUCGUCUAACUUCAAGCCCUCGCCUUGUCACCGGUUUAUCAAGGCCAUCGAGGACCGUGGAAAGCUACUUCGGAACUAUACUCAAAACAUCGAUACACUCGAAACAUCGGCAGGAGUCAAGCGUGUCUUGCAGUGCCAUGGAUCGUUCGCGACUGCAUCUUGUCUCAAUUGCAAGAUCCGUGUCCCUGGUACGGACAUCGAGGAUGACAUCCUGAACCACAAUGUCCCGCUCUGCAAGGUUUGCAAUGCUACCCUUCCAGCAAAGCAGAAGCCAAAGAAGAAGCGGAAGAGCUCGGGCUGGAACAGCGAUCAGUCAGACGAGCCGGAUCCGCCGGAGUUUCCUCCAGGAAUCAUGAAGCCAGACAUCACGUUCUUCGGAGAGAAACUCAGCGACGAGUUCGAUAAAGCGCUGCUGGAGGAUCGUCAGCAGAUCGAUCUGCUCAUCAUCAUCGGGACCUCCUUGAAGGUCACCCCGGUUUCCGAUAUCAUCGCAAACCUGCCGCAUUCAGUACCACAGAUACUGAUCAACAAGACGCCAAUCCGGCAUAUCAACCCGGAUAUCGUUCUAUUGGGUAACGCCGACGAUGUCGUCCUGCACCUCUGCCGGAAGCUGGGCUGGGACUUGCCUGGGCCUAACGGACGAAGCCUCACGGCGCCCUCGACCCACUCCUUGAAGAAGCGACCCUCGGCCAACAUGGAUCCAGAGCCGCAGCGGGUCGGCAAUAGGCGGGUCUUUUGCGAAUUUCUGCAUGGCCACGUCUGGCUCUUUGAAGGCGCCGAGGGAGGCAAAUGGGUGGAAGACAUCGCCCGACGUUAUGCGGAUGACUCGGAGGGCGAGGCUAGCGAUGAGGCUGACGACACCCCGCCGCCGCCUCCGAACCCUCGACAGAAGGCCAAACGAGCGAGGCUGGAUUAA